AUGUCUAUCGCGAACAAAGAAACUCGCAUCAAACAGAAAGACACAAGCAUGUCCUUCUCGGCGAACGCUAAAUUCGAUCCAGUGCUGAACAACUUGCGCGUCACUGAACAAGAACGCGACCUUUUAAAUUUCUUACUCCCAUCGAGCCCUGCAUCAGUCCCGGAACGCCGGGUGAAACGUUUCGACAGCCGGACGGAAUCUAUGAAAUUGCAAUGUUCAAAUCAAGCCCGAAGUGCGAAUAAGAGCCUUGCACAUUAUUACCACAGUCCGGAAACCUCGGAAACGCCGCCUUCAGUUGACAGCCCUCCGCGGGCAUUCGGUGUUCUCAUGGAUAUAGCCGAUAUUGACCAGGCUUGGAAAUCCUGGGCUGGUACUUCAUAA